CACGCACGUCGCUCUUGAGUGUGGGUCAGAAACAGUUGUUUACCACCUUUGCAUUUUAUUAGAGUUUUUUAAAUGUUUGGCACAUUUCUUGGACUUUCAAACUGCACUAGAAGGAUGAAACAGACCUGAAUAGCCGAAGGAAAUACCUGCUGGAUACAAACAGCAUUCUUUGGAUUCUUUUGUUCCAGUAUCGUGAAACAGUAGCCAUGCUCAAAGUUGUAUUUUUCAUGUAUCUUGCCACGUUGGCACACUGUAGGUCUUUGAAGAAGCGGCAAACGGUGUGUCCACAAGUGUGCGAUGAAUCCCGGUGCGCACCGCAACCAGAGUCAUGUUACUAUGGUGUAGUGAAGGAUGACUGCGGCUGCUGUACAGUUUGUGGCGCCGGAGAAGGAGACCUCUGCGGGGACAGAGGCCACGGUGUGUGCGGUGAUGGACUGACUUGUGAACACUCCACCGGAAAGCGCAAAUCCCGAGGCGUCUGCGUGUGCAGCGCCACAGAAUCAGUAUGUGGUAGCGAUGGGAGAACUUACCCGAGCCUCUGUCGUCUAAGAGCCGAAAACCGACGAGCUGAAGUCAGUGGUACCCCCUCGGUGAUUUUGAUACAGAAGGGCCCAUGCGAAGCAGGUGCCCAGAAUCCAAGCAGCAUGCGCUACAAGUUCAACUUCAUUGCAGAUGUGGUAGACAAGAUAGCCCCUGCAGUGGUCCAUCUCGAACUGUUCCGCAGAAUGCCCUACUCGAACCAGGACGUGCCCGUUUCAAGUGGAUCCGGAUUCGUGGUGUCUGAGGACGGUUACAUUGUCACCAACGCCCAUGUGUUAUCCAACAAGCAGCGCAUUAAAGUUGAACUCCAAAACGGUGCGCAGUACAAAGCUACGGUUAAGGACGUGGACCCAAAAAUAGACAUCGCCCUAAUUAAAAUAGAUACAGAGAGACCUCUGCCUGUGCUGAUGCUGGGCCGCUCCUCUGACCUCCGCCCGGGGGAGUUUGUGGUGGCGGUGGGCAGCCCCUUCUCCCUCCAGAACACCGUCACCACGGGCAUCAUCAGCACCACGCAGCGCGGAGGACACGAACUGGGACUCAAGGACUCCGACAUGGAAUACAUUCAGACCGACGCCAUCAUCAAUUACGGCAACUCGGGGGGACCACUUGUUAACCUGGAUGGCGAUGUCAUCGGCAUAAACACACUAAAGGUCACCGCCGGCAUCUCAUUUGCGAUCCCCUCCGACAGAAUAAGACAGUUCCUCACCGAGUCCUACGACCGGCAAAGAAGAGGAAAGACGAUGCCAAAGAAGAGAUAUAUGGGGGUGCGGAUGCUUCAGUUAUCACCAUCCUUGAUCAGGGAGCUGCAGGAACGUGACAAAGAUUUCCAAGACGUGACAUCCGGGGUCUACGUGUAUGAGGUCAUCCCUGGGACGGCAGCCGACAGCGCCGGCCUGCAGAACCACGAUAUAAUCACAGGCAUCAAUGGGCAACCAGUCGAGAGCACGGAGGACGUGAGCAACGCUGUGCAGUCGGGAGAACCCCUGUCGCUAGUGGUGCGCCGGGAGAACAAAGAUGUCGUCUUAACCGUACGACCCGAAGAGGUGGAUUGACUGACUGAUGCUGACAGGCUUUAUGCAUAAUUCAUCAGCAGUGGGUUAGCUUAGCAUGCAUGUACUGUACAUGAGCACCAUGUUCUAUGAUUAUUUUGAACAGGUAUGGAUGUCGGUUGGUAUUGUAAAAUGCAUGGGUGUGUAUCUGGUUGUGUGCUCAGUUUUUGUACUGUAGAAUCUGCUGUGACUAUCGGCCACGCAACAUCUGUGUGCCCUCACAUCUGUGUGUCUUAAGAUCUAUUCUGGUGUUCAGGUUAAUAGCAGUGAUUUGAAGAGGUUUCCCCGGGCAUUAUUUAACUUAAUGUUGUUAACAAAGACAUUGUAAAAUGGUUUUGUAUGGAUGUGGUGGUAUUUUUUGGUGGUAUACCGUAUAAAUGUAUGAAUUU